CUAAUUGGCGGGUCGGACGCAUCAGAACCGAAUUCGAUUUGUGGGACCGGUCGUCGAAGGGAUUCAUCAUUCGUACGGCGACAAACGAUCGCGCCAACCCCAGCCUUUCGUCCUAGCCAGAGGAUUUCCGGCGAACGCCGCUCAUGGCUUCCCCCGCCCUCUCCUUGCUUCUCCACCCACAUCAUCAUCUUCAUCGUCAUUCCUUCGGCGUCUCAACUUCUUUGCUCCUCACUUCCCCUGCAUCCAUCUCCGUGCCUCGUAGUAGGUCGAGGAGGACGCCGACAUCCCCGUUGACAAAGAAGGGGACGCGCAGACGCGCUUCUCCCGCCGUAGCUCAAGUCGAUGUCCUUCGAGUCAUAUCAACCGCGUGGAGGGUUGGCAAAGAGGGGAUUGAGGCAGGAAUUAAAUUUGUGCCGGAUUCAGUUCCAAGACCUGUAGCCAGGGUUGGUGUUGGUGGUCUCGCCCUAAUGGUUACCCUCUUUGUGUUGAAGUCGUUCAUCUCCACGGCAUUUUUUGUUCUGGCCAUGAUGGGAUUCAUAUAUUUUGUAUUCUUAGCGGUAAACAAGGGUGAUGGCUCAAGUGGUGGAGGUGGUGGUGGCGGUGAGCAGUCCACGGAUGAUGCACUGGAAGAAGCAAGAAGGAUAAUGGAAAAGUAUAAGUGACCUUUAUUUUGGUGAAUCUUUUGGACUUUGAGGUUCAUAAUUAUAGCUUGUCAUGUGGAUGGCAUUGGAUCUCUUGAAUGGUACAAGGAGACCAUGUGUACCAUAACAUAAAAGUUUCUAGUGUUCUCUUGAAUUAAGGCUUCAUCAGUUUGUAAUGGUGUCACAGGCUCCAAUUUUAUCGGAAUUACACAAAGUUGUUAAACCAGCAAUCAUACAUGUGGACAAGUAGUGAACAUUUUUGGCUUUUUGGUAAAUGUAUGUUGUGGGAUUUUUUCCCCAUGUAACAGUUA